GCAAAGAUGGAUAAAGGAAAUGUUACGUCAGUGACAGAAUUCAUUCUUCUGGGUAUACCACUCGCCUACCACUUCCAAAUCUUGCUAUUUGUGGUCCUUUCUUUAUGCUAUGUAAUUACUAUAGUAGGUAAUGCAACAAUUAUUAUAGUCAGCUUGACUCAGACUCAACUUCAUACCCCUAUGUACUUCUUUCUCAGCAAUCUUGCACUGCUGGACAUUAGUUUUAUAUCUGCAAUUGUUCCCAAAGUACUUUUCAAUUUAAUUAGUGGGAGCAAAACCAUAUCUUUCCAUGGGUGCCUUGCUCAGUCAUAUAUCUACUUUCUCUUGGGUACCACAGAGUUCCUGCUCCUAGCUGUAAUGUCAUUUGAUCGCUAUGUGGCUAUUUGCCAUCCUUUGCGCUAUGGGACCGUCAUGAAACCAAAGCUAUGCCUAAAAUUGAUUUUGUGUUCUUGGACUGGUGGUUUCCUUGACACAAUUGUUCAAACCAUCCUCACAUUUCGAUUGCCAUUUUGUGGUCCAAAUGUUAUUAACCAUUACUUUUGUGAUGUAGCACCUUUGCUGAAGCUGGCAUGUGGUGACACAUAUCUUAUCGGGAUGUUGGACUUUAUACUGGCCUCUUCUUUAGUCUUGGGAUCACUGUUCUUCUCCUUGGCCUCAUAUGGCUGCAUUGUUGCUGCUAUUGUGAAAAUCUCCUCAUCUGCUGGACGAAAGAAAACAUUCUCCACCUGCGCAUCUCACCUCACAGUGGUCUUUAUAGUCUAUGGCAGCUGCAUCUUUAUGUGCAUCCGACCAUCCAAGAACACCAAAGUGGAUUCAACCAAGAUUGUUGCGUUGCUUAAUAGCAUAAUGACCCCAUUCCUUAAUCCUUUCAUCUACAGCUUUAGGAACAAGACAUUUAAGGAAGCUCUUAAGCGCACGAUGAGAAAUAGGAAUAAUUUCCGUAAUCAAAAAGCUUAG